AAAUAGAGUGAGUUUUAUCUUUUCGAGUACUUUGUGACACUUUGCCUGAUAUUAUACGUCAUCCCUUGAAAAUCAAGGAUUAUUUAUAAAACGGGUUAUUAUACAUUAUUGUACCAGUGCUGUAUCGUGCGGGUGAUACUAAUUUAAGCUAAAUAUGACCAAACAAUACUCUCUCGCAGAAGUAAAAGGCCACAAUGAUAAUAGGAGUACUUGGAUUGUAAUUCAUAAUAAUAUUUAUGAUGUGACAGAGUUUUUAAAUGAGCACCCUGGUGGCGAAGAGGUCCUCCUGGAGCAGGCCGGAAAAGACGGAAGCGAAGCCUUCGAGGAUGUCGGCCACUCCAGCGAUGCCAGGGAGCUAAUGGUCAAAUACAAAAUCGGUGAACUGAUAGAAUCCGAACGUAAACCCGUUAAAGAAAAGAACCCAGACUGGGGCAGUUCUGGUGCGAACCCGGACUCUUCGAAUAGUUCCUUCAGGUCUUGGAUCAUCCCCAUAUCUCUUGGAAUCCUAGCCACAAUGUUGUACCGCUUCUACUUUCAGUCAUAAAAGAGUUUAAAAAAGGAUGUAAACGCAUUUAAGGUUAUAGGGAUUAGCUUAUUUACUUUUACAUUGUAAUAGUGUAUGUUGAUAGAUAUAUGUACUACUAUACAUAAUAUUAGUUGAAAUUCCAUUUUAGGUUAUAAAAGUUGUUUAAUGUUUUACAUAUGUGUACUUUUGGAAUAUUUUUAAAAGUUUUGUUUUUAAAUAAAAAUUAGUUUCAUUAUAUCGUCUUAAAAUAAAUAGAAUGAAUGGUAACACAAAAAAAUUGUAACUUGUCGCAAGAUACGAUGCAGUACAAAUUGUUAUGGUCUAAUGUUCAUUAUUAAAUGUAUACAAUGUCAUAAAAAUACCUACUUAUUAAAAUGCUGAAGUUAAAAUUUCAGUUGACAUUUGUUUUCAUUGCUUUUUUAAAUAAAUGUCAUUUAUUGGGGUAA